GUUGCUGCAUUAUAUGCAAACCUCAAAACAUAUAACAAUCAAUCUUCUCUAAUUCCUUCCGCAAGUAGUCAAAUAUUAAAACAAACUUAUGUGAUCGGAAAUAUAAAUGUACCGAGCUUGAUAGAUAAACUAACUGAACAGUUAUAUGGUUGCCUUAUUACGUUGGAGAAUGAUAUAAAAACCGGAACGUGCACCAUAUACAUUGAUUCCCCAAAGGUUGUAAUCAUUUUAGAUGGUAACAAUAUUAAGAUUGAAACUAAAGAUAAUUAUACUAGAAAAUUGGUUUCGGAU